CUUAUCCACACUGAGUGCAAAUAGUAGCAACUCGGCUUCUCGUAGGGCCAGCAAUCACAUAACAUUUAACAAUGCUUUUACUCCCUCUCUUCCUCCUCAACUUUCUUUUCUAGUCUAUAUCACUGUUUUUUUUUUCUUUUUCUCUCCUACCCCUCCUUCACGGUUUAUCUUCGGCCUUCUCCCUCUUUGACUCUCAACCUAUUGACCUCGGCUCGGUAUAGAUCUUCGUCCAUCAUCAACCAACAACAACAACCCUCUGCGCGCAUCGCAUCCAAGGGAGAAGCACUAUAGGAAAUCGUAUUGUCCGCUCUGUCUCACUCAACCCUAGCUGUCGCAUACACGAUACCCACACAUAAACUCCUGCACAUUCCUUGUACGGCGUGCCUGGACAUGCAGAACCAAAGAGAAAAUAUCGAUUUUGUCCUUUGUCCGGCUCAAUUCACCGACAACAAGAAGAUGCUAGCGGUCGAUUCUUCCAAACAACGUCAAACCUACAUCCCACAUUUCACAAUGGAGACCACCUUGGUCGAUGCGUUCGGCUUCCCGGUGGAUAGCAUGUGUGAUUAUGCACAGACACAUGAUCCUUCCACCUCAUUACAGCCAGCCUACUAUGAUCCAUCUUCCAUGUACUCGGGCGCUUUCGCUCCUCUGCCAAAGACCGCAAAUUUCCCUUCCAUGCCCGUCACGCCUCCUUCGCUCCCUAUCGCAGCUGACCACUUUAUCCCCGGCCUCUGCACCGCUUCCGGACCUUCAAUCGCGAGCGCCUCAUCCUCAGCCAUAGGAUCGCCUCACUCAGGAACAGCCCAUCUUAUUCAAGAGGAAUGGAUUCACACCACCAACGGCUUGGGACUCGCCGAUGCUGUCAUGGGUGGCAUCUUCCCCCGCGAGUACUUUGGUGGCGCAACGGACGCGGAUGGUCUCUAUCAGAAGAAGUGGAUCGAGAGUUGUGUCGAUCCUUCGGUAAUCCAGCCGAAUCCUCAGCAAUGCCACCUUUCACCACCCACCAUCUCUUUCCCCGAGCCGUCCGAUUACAUUCUACAGGAGGGCUUCUUUCCCCAAUCUCCCAAUCCAUCCCACUACCAGCUCGAGGAGAGCUACCCUACGACGCAGCCAUUCCCACAACAGCGGGCUGAGUUCUCGACUGCUUCUCCGUUUCCCACCACUCCUCGUUCCUUGCCUGUCGCCGCCUCCCAGCGAAGGUCAUCCGUGGCCUCAGUGCGAUCUCGCCUGUCUCAGCCAAGUCCGGCCUCGAGCAUCCACGAGUCAGAUGAUGAGACCAAGGAGAAGGGCAGAUGCCCUCAUCCAGAUUGCGGACGAGUGUUCAAGGACCUCAAAGCUCACAUGCUUACUCACCAGUCCGAGCGGCCCGAAAAAUGUCCCAUCGCGACUUGCGAGUACCACAUCAAGGGGUUUGCCCGCAAGUACGACAAGAACCGGCACACUCUUACCCACUACAAGGGAACGAUGGUGUGCGGGUUCUGUCCUGGAUCCGGGUCGCCCGCCGAAAAAAGCUUCAACCGGGCGGACGUCUUCAAGCGCCAUCUGACUUCAGUGCACGGUGUUGAGCAAACACCCCCGAACUGCCGCAAGCGAACUCCUGUGGCUUCAACCACCAAGGAUGCGCCCAGUCAUGGUGCCGAGCCCACCGGCAAAUGUUCAACGUGUUCCAUCACCUUCAGCAACGCACAGGAUUUCUACGAGCAUUUGGACGAUUGUGUGCUUCGUGUGGUACAACAAGAAGAGCCUAGCGAAGCCAUCAAUCAGAAGCGGCUUGCGGAAGUGGAAGCCGACGAGGAGGUGAAGAAGACGAUGGAGAAACACAUGCUGCUCGACACGGCUGGUACCGUUGAUCGAUACAGUGACGAGAAUGACGACGAUGACGAUGACUUUUACGAGAGCCCCAAUCAGCGACUGGCCAAGAACUUUCUCCGAGUGCCCCGAGGUAAUCCAGCUGCCGGCGCUCGCGCGAUCCUAGGCAGCGGGAACGCCGUCACCAAGUCCUCCGCCAACAAAAUGCGUGCCACUGCGAUCAAGCGGCGAAACAACCGUGACCGGUAUCCGCAGUCUUGGGGCUGCCCAAGCAGCAGCAUCAAAACCAAGAAGCGCGUUCUCUGCGUCUUCGAUGGUCAGCGUCGGUUGUGGAAGGAUGAGAUGAUGCUCGACAACGAUUUCGAAGUCCGCCUCAAGCUCCCCGGUGGCGCAGGAGAUGGCACGACCCGGGAGGCCUACGUGACCGACCUGGACGUCGAAACCCUGAAGCGUGCUGAGGGUGUGUUGAAUGCCAACGAUGAAGAGCGCGGGCCAUGGCUCAACGGGCCAUCCACGCAUCUGAUCGGUCGGCCAGCCGUCCUUCUGCCCGACGUUGCUCAUCCGCAUGAGGGAGAGCUUGACCUCGACGAGUUGAUGUCCUAAAAAAUCCAAAAUUAGGGUGCUUUGAUCUCUCUGCCUUGGAUUCUGCCUCUGCAUAGUUGUCUCGUUUUGUCUUCCGGUUUUGCGUACCUUGUUCUUUGGAAAGCGACCUGAUAUUCCUGUGUGACUGCCUUGAAAAUCCUGACUGAUACCAUCAUGUCCUUGUUACUUGAGCCCAUUUUCUUUAUAUACCUACUGUUUCUGUUUAUAUCAUACUGUAUUAUAUCAUAUCCCAAUUGGUUGAAUACCACCCCGGCUGGGCCGAGGGUGUAUUGGGAGCCAUGAAGUAAAGAAAUUGGCAUCCUCAACAUUGCCAUCUCAUGAAUCCCGCUGCAUCCAUUCUUAUAGAAUAAUUGUGUCCAUAUGUGGCAGUUGGUACUCGAG